UUCACAAGAUAAUGCCACAUGUAGACAUGCUGUAUAACCACCUACAGAAGAGAAACAUCGAUUCUGUCACCAUCGCAGGGAUCACCCAGACAUUCAUCAGCCGCAUGCAGGCUAUCAGGGAGGCACUUCCUAAUCUGGUUGUGGAUGAGGAGUACAGGGGACCUGUUCAAGACCCACCCACAAAGAGACGGAGAACAUUGGGGGAAGACAGGCAACACCAUUUGGCACUGGAGGUGUGCGACACCAUUAUGAGCCAUGCCAAGGAGAGGUUUUCUUUCACCAAGCACCUUGUCAGCGCCACUCUGUUGCAAGGAGACUUGUUCCAACAACACAGCAAAAAUUUUCCAGAUGCAGCACUACAAACCACAGUGGAAGCCUAUCCCUCAUUGGACAAAGCCAGACUUAAAACAGAACUGUCCCUGAUCUACGACAACGAGGAGUUUCAGAGUUGUAGUGGUGCGCUGGCGCUCUAUCAGGUUCUGAUGGAAAACAACCUUCAAGACACAUUCACCGAAACUGUAAGUCUUCUUAACAUCCUCAUCACCACACCAAUGACAACAUCAGAAUCGGAGAGGUGUUUCUCUACUUUAAAGAGGAUAAAAACUUUCCUGAGAAACAAUAUGGCUCAGGAUCGGCUCAACGCUCUGGCUAUGCUGUCCAUAGAGAAAAAACUCACACAAGAACUUCCUGAUUUCAACACCAGGGUCAUCGAGAAAUUUGCCACUCAGAAAGACAGACGAGCAAAGUUCUUGUACAAAUAAGAACCCUUAACCAUAUUUACUCUCUUUCUCCAUCCCUCUCUCUUUCUCUCUUUAGCCCACCCCCCCAAUCAGUUUACAGUUGUUGUUUUCAAUAGUUAUUUUUCAUUCAUUCAAAAAAAAAAAAAAAAUCUGUUCAUGUUCAUUUUUACAAAUCUAUACAAAUGGC